AUUACUUGAGCGUACGCUGCUUAAAAUUUCGAUUCCCUUGGAGACUUGGACCCUCAUGUGCAAUUUGCACGAGUCUCCAAAUCAGGGCACUCCGACUAGUCAGCUCGCUGAAGUUUUGAAGGCUCGAAUGAGUGAAAGCACAUAACUCACACCCUCCUUCUUUAUUCCGCUCACCGUUAUCUUGCUUUACGUGUGAGCCUCAGGUCCAUCAGGAUCUUUUAACGGGUACUAUUCAAAGCAGUUUGAAAGAAGGAUACUUUUCGUAAAGACACCAACUCGUGUUCACCACGUUGCUCAUUUCCCGGAAAAGUCUCGAGAUCCAAUAAUCCAAGCGCCUUGCCUCGUGUACUAAACGAGGGUUCCUGCCAGCAAAAACCAUGCAUCGUUUCCGCAAAAGGUCCGACCCUAUUACCAGGAGUCACCCGUUUGACGAAGACUGGUUCACACCGACAUCUGAGCACAAGCAAUUACUAGCACUCCCGCCUGCUAGUGACUUUCGGACAUCACUCAUACUACCAGACCUUACUCGCCGUUUUACGCUUCUUCGCUCCUCCUCCGGCGAUCCUCUUACACUUGACGAUCUCAGGUCUAAGUUUGCGGAACAGAGAGCCCGUGGUGUGUCAAACCAGAUAUCAGAGGAGGAAGAGGACAUGAUCCUUGAGACGCUAGGGCGGAUGCGUACCAAAAAUGCUGUGCUCGGUCCCACUUCGAGCAGCAAACUUGAGGGCGGCUCUGACGCUAAUGCCACAGACUUGGGAAUGGAAUCCGACUACACUCAUGAGCGUACCUCUCAUAUAUCUACCACAACCUCUUCGACCACAUACCCGGCUUCGUCCGUUACUUCAUCACCAUCCCCAAGUUCGCGUUCAACAAAGAGGUACAGCAACAAUCUUUUUGCAUCUGGACGCUUUCGCGAGUACAGCUAUCUCCGUUCUGUGUCGCAAAGAAGUGGUAGCAGCCGUGGCGCAGCCUCUAUAACACCAUCAGACUCCGAUCAUAGUCUUAGAGAAAAACCCUCGUCAAACUACUCCGAGAGCUUGAGACCUGUGACCCCUGAAGGCAGCGGUCCUGUAUCUUCAGUACCUUCCAGCCCCAACGACAAGACUCCUUUGGCUCGUUCCACAUCGUUGAUAUCCUCCAUCGAAGAUUUUCCUUCGCAGGCGCUUGCGGACAGCAACAAAAGUAACACACAUCCAUCAAGUAACAAUUCCGUCAGCGUUCAGCGCGUCGAACUUGCUCUGGAGUGUGUUAUACGUGACUUUGAAGAGGAGGCUGAGGAUGAGAUACUCAUGCCUAGAACAGCACAUCCUGCUCCACGGUCAAGCGAUGUAGAACAGUCGAGCACCUCAUCUCCAGCUAGUGAUUCGACGUCAGGAGCUUCGACGCAAUCGCCCAAUGACUACGAAGGGGGAACCGCAAUAUCAUCAGAUAAACAGAUGAAUAUCGACAACGAGAGGCAACGUUUUUCACCAACCCCAUUGGGUCGUGCGGGUACCAUCUCCCCCACUCCUCGUCUUCCAGGUUACAUCCCUGGAAUGCCUCGUCCCAUGACGCCUCGUGAUCCUUCAUUUGACUCUGAUGAUGCGCGUGCGCAUUCCGCAACUCCACGUGCGAUGUCACCUACGCUCCCAAACGUGAAUGGAGCGUCACUCAUCACUACAACCUUCACUUCAAGCUUACUGCGCCGAGGUUCAGACGCAUCUCGUAGCACCCCACGACCCAUCUCGCCGUCCGUGACCCCUCCUGCAAGCUCGUUUUUAUCACGCAGUGCUGGUGGUCAAUACUCGUCGGACAGUCAACGCGAGAGCGCGAGUGGUACUGACCAGGAAGCCUCUGUGUCAUCCGCCUUUAGGAGGAAACCCGUAUCUCCAUUGACGGGCUCCGCCCUCCGGCCCAUGGUCGUAUCUUCUCGACCGGGUACUCCAUCUAACAUCACUUGGAAUGUCAACUCACCCUCUAAUAUACCUUCUACCUCCAACCGCACUCACAGCAGGCGGGGUAGUUCUUCUAGUCACAGUCACAGUAGAAACGGCAGUCUGAGCGCGGACACUGAUCUUCAAUCUACUGCAGAUAAAUCCAAAUCUCCAAAUCGGCCAGUUCGAGUGCCUGUGCCUCCUGAGAGUCCCGUUUACCCUCAAGCGCCCAAUGCUGGAGCGCGGAAUCAUUCGACUAGUCCUGCUCCUGUGGACUAUCGUUCUCCAUCCAGCCUUUCAGGUGUCAUCAACUAUGGAUCCUCACGUUCAUUUUCGAGCCGCAGUAUGCGGUCUCCCACUCCCACUCAGUCUCGGUCCACUACCGCCUCUCCCGCAUUCUCUUCAAACGACUCCCCGAGCUUCUCGAACCAUGCCACCGUUCGUUCAUCAAGACAUCAUCACAAGUCAUCAUCGCAUUUCUCUCUUGGACUUUCUCAGCCUGUUGCCUUUUCGGCAUUGACUAACUCAUCUCAGUCUUCACUGGAAUCCACUGGAUCUAGUUAUCACUCAUGGUCUGCUGAGCAGAAGAAAGAUGUAACUGUCGACUUCUUCAGUGAUGUCGAACAACAAUCCAGGUGGCAUGAUCUAGACAAAUCUAGCUCCGUCACUCCAGGUAGCUUGCAGGAUGAUGAGGACUUUGAAGACAUCAUACGUCGGUAUGCAGGUCUGACCAAAUCUGAUUUCGUGGUCAUUCAAGACAAGCUGGUGAGCGCCGCGCGUGCCAAGGAAAACAAUACAGAGCCUCGGGAGCGGACCAACUCGCUGCGGAGACGGAGACCAUCGACCUCACAGUCGAACUACUCGCAGAACGGUCGUGAUAACCGGGUUGCAAGUCCGCCGCCAAACCAACCGGUUGCUUCCCAGGUGUCCACCACCGGACGGCGCUCCCCAGCGCCUGAUCAAGCUGCCAAGGCUCAUGCCCUGCUUGACUCUGUCGUGGGGAGCAUCCCCCGCGCACCCACAGUUGGCGUCGUGACUGAUAGCAAGGUGGAAUUGGAGGAUCCUGCAGAGAUCAAGACGUCACCUACUACUACGCGUCGCAAUAGGGAUUUAGCUCGUGCCCUUGGCUUCGGAGACGAGCAAGGAGUUAUAGAUUCACCGCAGGACAAAAGUCCAGCUGUAGAAGACAUUCCACAGUCCAAUGAUCCACCGAAGACCCAGUUGUCGUCCGAUGCCUCACCGUAUAGCCUCCCAUUCCGUUCAGCCUCGGUACGAAGUCCUCAACCAUUGAUGGAUCAGACCGAACUCGUAAACGAAGUUCGGCGGAAAGCAGAAGCUGCUACUGCUGCUUUGAUGAAGACGCCUUCUGGCCAGAGAUUUACUGACGCCAAUGCCUCAAGCAUAUCUGUGACACGGAAAAAAAUCUCCCCCAGCCAAAUAUCUGCACCCCAUUUAGUGUCAGCACCUACAAGUGUAGAAACCAUCCCUCUUCCGCAACAGCCAAAGACUCUUACUUCCACUCCUCUUACUCAUCAGCCCUCUCUGAACAUCACCCAGAGGAUGAGGCGUCUCCGUAAUACUCUGAGAGUCAAACAGCCAGUUCCGAGCGGUGAAGAAGUUACUCCCUUCCCUUUGGACCUCCAGCCUACCACUGCACCACUCCCCUCAGUUUCUCUGGACCGCAGGCCGACAUUGCCUCUUCCCAAGGGCUAUGCUUACGGAAGCUCGACAGAUUUGGGCAAGGCUAAGUCACCGACAUCAAUAUCCAAUCCCCCGGCCUCAGCUACUCCUGGCCUGAGAGGCUUCAUGUCCCGCUUCCGAAAGCGUACAGCAGAUACUCCAGCUGAAAAUAGUAAUGGGCUUUCGCGAGCUUCUCCAACCACACCUUCUUCGACGACUUCGUCACACCAUAGUCAAGGCCCAGUUGGUUCUCCCGUUAAUACCGUUUCACCCGCAUCGGCACCUGUUCUGGCUUCGACUUCCGUGCCUAUAGUAGGUGGCGUUCAGCCAAACAUCGACGGACCGCCAGCGAUGGGCAAUGAUUCUGCUGCUGUCAAACAGUUGUUUGAGGCAGCUACGAAUCUUGGUCUUGAUCAAGCCGCAUUAAAUGACCUGUUAGCACGGUCCGCCUCAGUUUCAUCACGUACAGCGGGUUGGUCUUUGUCAAGGAGUACAUCAAACAUUGCAACAAGCUCAUCCAUAGCACGGGGUGAUCUCUCGGCAAUGCGAUCUCGAUCACCUCUCCCAGAACCACAAUUCAGCGAUGAUGGCGGCAUCAGCAGCGGAGGAGACGAUAGGACUGUGAGAAAACUCUCCAUUCGCAAGACGAGGGAAUUCAGUCACAAUCAUCAAGGCAUUCCUGAGAAUCCCGCUAUUGUCAGGAGAACACUUAUCUUUCCCUCGGACUUUCGUGCAUCUAAAACCGACUUGAGCCAGAUGGCGCGUAAGCCUUCGGGUAAGCGUCAUCGUCGGCCGGGCAGCGCCACAUCUGCACAGUCUGGUCGUUCAGUACAUGACCGCGCACCUACACCACCGCCACCGAAGUCGAAUGGAGGAAAACGAUUUUCGACUGAUCGGUCACCUCCUUUACCCACAUCAAUAACCGCUCAAGCCGAGGCUCUUUUAAAUCCCUUAACGUCAGAUGCACCUGUCGAGAAGCCGAACUCUGCGUAUGAUUCUCUAUACGACAUGUACGCUGGUGAGAGCAAAAAUUCAAAUGCACCCGCUGACGAUGCGGUGGACAUUGGAAACUCUCAUGAAGGGCAUCCCGACGGUGCUGCCCUUGAACUGAUUGAGAUGGCAAAUGGCGAAACAAUUUGGUCAAUAGUGAACGGCUUGCGUGACGACGACCUUGAAUCAGCUUAUGCCAGUAGAACCAGUCUUACAUCCGAAUAUUCUUUGCGCGAUAACACUGAAGCCCUGCAAGUAUUUGUCAAGGAACACGACAGAUCGACGUCAAAGGGUAGUGGUUCGUCGUUCCUUUCCCGUAAAAAGCCAUCACAGAGCAAGAAUCGACCUGAAACCAAGGUUUUUUAUAGCUCCUCCACUCAUAUUGGUCGUUUGAUCGAGUCACUUUCCCAGGGGAUGGACGCCGGUUCAUUCAAUUUUGUUGAAGAAAAACUGGAACACAUGCUGGGAUCGAUGAGAAAUCCUUGAUUGCUGGAGUUAAUAAUCGUUUAUGCUAUAUUGAUUUUUUCUCGUCAUCUUGGGCUCGCUUGGGUGGAGAAUUUACGUUUACAUAGGCGUUGUUAUAUUGAUAUUCGUACAGGCCAU